AUGGAAAUAAAUUUAAAUACAAUUCGAGACAACACAAAACAAUUAAGCACUCGUUUUGAGACAGUUCGUGAAGAUCUUAUUAAAAAACUCGGUGAAUGCAGUGAUUAUAUUCGAAUUACUGAGACGCUGUGUGAUCAAGCAAUAAAAAUCUAUGCUGAAUUAGGAAGUAAACUAGUAAAUGUAUCUAAUGAAGAAAAAGAAUGGAAAGAUAUCAAACUCAAACUAGCAUCAACAUCUAUUAGAGGCAAAGUUAUACUCGAUGUUGGUGGUCACAAAUAUACUACAAGUGUUGAUACAUUAACACGUGAGAAAAAUACUUUCUUCACUGUACUCUUUUCAAGGCGAUGGGAACUUGAACGUGAUCCAAAUGAUAAUAGUGUAUUUAUUGAUCGUGAUGGAAAGUUAUUUAAACAUAUUCUAUCAUAUUUACGAACAGAUAAAAUACACAAUGAUGUUAUGACUAGUGAACCACUUCGUCAACUUCUUAUUAUCGAAGCAGAAUAUUUUCGUUUACACAAUCUGAUUCAAAGAUUGACAGAACCUGAACGAAAACGUGAACAAGAAGAAGAAGAGCGCUUUUCUAUUGACAAAGGUUUUCCAAAUACAACAUUACUUAAACCAGAAUAUAAAGUGAAACUCAAUGAGUUCUAUGGUAAGAGUAAUCAAAAAUGGGAACUAAUAUACAGAGCAACACGUGAUGGAUUUACUGCCAAUGCAUUUCAUGUGCGUUGUAAUAAUAAGGGACCAACAAUGACAAUUAUUCGAUCGAACAAUGACUCUAUAUUUGGAGGUUAUACUCGUAUUUCAUGGACUUCAUCUGAACAGUAUGAGAAUGAUGAAACAGCAUUUUUGUUCACAUUAGCAAAUCCUCACAAUAUUCCACCUACGAGAUACAUUAUUAAGCCUGAUCGUGUAGCAUAUACCGUUUAUCACAGCGCUAACUAUGGACCUACAUUCGGUGGUGGUCACGACAUUUAUAUAUCUGACAGUAGUAACAGUAAUAAUAUUAGUUAUACAAAUUUUCAUCAUUCAUAUGAUGAUACAACGGGGAAAGGAAUUAUUAUUUUAUUUCUUUGUUUAACUAUACCAAGUUUAAUUAUUUUAACAUUUGUAUAUCGUCGACAAAUUCUUCCAACAUCAUCAUCAUCAUCAUCAUCAUCAAUACAUUUAUCUGAUCAAAAUUUUCAUCGUAUAUCAUUAAUUAAUUAUCCUCAAGCACGUUGUAUGGACAAUAGUAUAGCAUCAUAUUAUAUUCGUUUAGCAAAUAAUCGUCAUUCACGUUGGUUAAUUUAUUUUGAUGGUGGUUGGUUUUGUUAUUCAAAUGAAUCAUGUGAAUUUCGUCGACAAUAUUCUCCAGAUUUAAUCACAACAAAAAAUAUCAAUGAAAAAAAAUUUUUCUCAGGAAUAUUUUCAUCAUUUAAACAAUUUAAUAUUAUCUAUGCACCUUAUUGUUCGUCAGAUUUAUGGUCAGGUUCAUCAAAUAAAACAUCAUCACAUGGUUAUGAUAUUUUUCAUGCAAUAUUUCAUCAACAAAAUUAUUUUUCACAUGCAAAACAAAUUAUAUUUACAGGUUUCUCAGCAGGUGGUUUAGGUUUAUUAUUAAAUCUUCCGGAUUUAUUACCAAAAAUUUCGUCACAUAUUGAUAUUCGUGUACUUAUUGAUUCAGCAUGGUUUAUUGAUUAUUCCGAUAAUCCAAAUGGUAUAUCAAAAAUCAAUCAAGGAAUGGCUUAUUGGAAUACACAAAUCUCAUCAUUAUGUCAAUUAGAAUCUCGUUAUAAAUGUUUAUUAGGUAGUGAAGCGAUUAAAUUAUUACCAUUAACAGUUAAAAUAUUUAUUAUUCAAUCAUUAUUUGAUUUAACACAAUUACAAUUAGAUAAAAUUAAUAUCAAUUCAUAUAAUUUUACAUUGAAACUUCGAGAUAAUCUUCGUCAAUCAAGUAAUCGUAUAUCGAUAUUUGCACCAUCAUGUCCUUUACAUGGAUUUUUAUUUCGUUCUGUAUGGACUAAAUUUGAUAUUAAACAAAGAACACUUGCAUCUGUACUUAAUCUAUGGUUGAAAAAAAAGAAAAAAUUUCAUUUACAAUUAAUUGAUGAACAUUUUUAUUCAAGUUAUUGUCCACAAAUUAAUGAUGAUUAUCAAGAGAUAUUCUAA